AUGGAUCUGAAUUUCGAAUAUAUUGCUGCUCAUAUCGGUGAUUAUAUUAAAAACGAAAACUUUUUCGAUACAUUCGAAAUAGAAGAUAUCAAAGCAAUCAUGAAAUAUUCACAUUUGACGGCUGAUGAGUACGUUUCUCUUCUCAAGCAGUCCCAUCCAACUAUUAACGCAAGUAAAUUAUAUACAUGUACACGAAAUGUCAAUGUUACUAUCCAAAACUUCGAAGAAGUUGUUUCGAUUCUUAAAUCUGUCAAAAAGUACAUGAAAUUCAAUAUAUUUGGUGGAAUCGUUGAUUUUAUUAAACAAAAAGACAAAGAAUUUCGUGAUUUUACAGAAGAAAUCAAAAAACUUCAAGCAGAAAUAAAAACUUUACAAAAUCAACCACAAAAAUUCUGCCAAAGAAACUACAGUUACUCGAAUUAA